AUGGUCUACUAUUUUACAUCAAAUGCGGUCUCCCCCUCCGCAUUCAUCUAUGUCGGCAAGGACAAGUUCGAAAAUGAGGAUUUGAUCAAGUUCGGCUUGGAGCACGAUGUCUGUGCCCAUGUCUAUCUACGUCUCCGGGAGGGCGAGACAUGGGAUAACAUUCCAGAGCCACUCCUAGAAGACUGUGCUCAACUUACAAAAGCGAACUCGAUCGACGGAAACAAAAAGGAUAACAUUACCAUCAUCUAUACGCCAUGGUCAAAUCUUCAGAAGGACGGCUCAAUGGCUACGGGUCAGGUCUCUUUCCAUAACCCAAAACUAGUCCGGAAAGUCCUGGUCCGGAUCCGCGAAAACCCGAUUGUCAACCGUCUGAACAAGACCCGUGUUGAGAAGUUCCCCGAUCUUCGCGCAGAGAAGGAAGACUUCUUGAGGAAGAAGCGACACGAUGAACGCAAGACCCGCGAGCAGCAGCAGAACAAGGACAAGCAGGAGAAGCGAGAGCGGGAACAGCUCAAAUGGCAGAAAGACCAUGCUUAUGAUGACAUGUUCAGCGCAGAGAACAUGGAGGAUAGCAGCAAUCAGGACCGGGAUCCGGACUUCCUGGACGAUUUUAUGUGA